AUGGCUCGGCGAAUGAACCUACUGAACAUAGAAAAGAACAUCCAGAAUCUAUGGAAGGAACAUAAUGUGUACGAAAAGGAAUUCAUUGAUAACAGCGAGUCGAGAUUCACGGGUAACUUCCCCUAUCCAUAUAUGAAUGGAUUGUUACACAUAGGGCAUGGCUUCACGCUGAGCAAAUUGGAGUUCCUGGUCCGUUACAAAAAUAUGACGUGUCAGAAUGUGCUGCUGCCAUUUGCUUUCCACUGCACAGGCACGCCGAUCGUUGUGUGUGCCGACAAAUUGAAGAAGGAGUUAAAAGGAAAAGUGCUGGGAAGCUCCCCAGAAGAUAAUAAAAGCGAGAUUAACGAUGGUAACUACGUGGGCGAAGCAACCGUUGUUGCCACUCCCCAAUCGGAACAGACAGACAGAACUAAAGAAACAGAGACAACCAAACAGACAGACGCAACAGUGUUCAGGUCCAACAAAAGUAAAGUACAAUCAAAAGGAUCGAAGCAAAACACACAGUACGAAAUUAUGAAGCAGAUGGAUAUCAGCGACGAAGAAAUUCACCACUUUCAGAAUCCACAAUACUGGUGUUAUUAUUUCUCCUCCAAAGCUAAGGAGCAUCUGAAUUCUUUGGGCCUUUUCUGUGACUGGAGGAGAUCCUUCAUUACGACCAACAUGAAUCCCUACUACGACAAGUUUGUGAACUGGCAUUUCAACACGCUUUACAAGAAAAACCUAAUUUACUAUGGAAGCAGAAUCACCAUCUUCAGCCGAGUCAAUAACCAGGCCUGUGCAGAUCAUGAGAGAUCCGAAGGAGAAGGAGUCAAGUGUCAAGAAUUUACUCUCAUCAAAAUAUAUGUACAUGAUUACAAAGAGUUUUAUGAAAUUUAUUUGAAAUAUGUAAAUAGAAAUGUCUCUUCUUCCUCUUCUCCUUCUCCUUCUCCUCAAAAAGAGAGCGAUUUCUUACAAAAUAGCAUUAUGAAUGAGAAAUUUUUUAGCCAAAAGAAAAUUGUCCUUCUUGCCAGUACGUUAAAACCAGAGACAGCUUAUGGGCAAAAUUACACCUUCGUCAAUCCAAGUGAGUAUUACUAUGUCACCUUAGGGUUCAACAAACAGAGGCUGCACUAUGGGGACAAGAAUUACGUCAACAAUGUAAUGACAAGGGAAGAGAUCAUCGAUGUUUGCGAAAAUGUCUACAUAUGCUCCGAGAACAGCUUAUACAAUUUGGCUUACCAGGGAGUAAUACCGAUGCUUUCUAAGGGCUCUAGCAGGGCCCCCAAGUCGACCGUCCAGGGCAGUGGCCACUCAAACGACUUCUCCACCGAGGCGACCAGCUCUCACAGUGGCAAGGAACCACGCGGUGGAGAAGACCUCUUCCCCCACCACCUUGCCGAUCUCUUCAUCCUGAUGAAAAUCAAAGGGGAAGACCUUGUCGGGUUACGGACCUACUCAAACUUGUCCCAAAAGAAAGACUUGUACAUUCUCCCCAUGACGACCAUCAAAAUGAACAUCGCCACAGCUAUCGUCCCAUGCAUUUCCAGCGACAGUGCAGAUGACUAUGCCUGUCUACAGGAUAUAAAAAGGAAGCAGGCAUACUACUGUGAAAAGUACCACCUAAAGGAGGAAUUCCUCUAUAAUGAGAGUUGCUCUUGCAUUGAAUUGCCAAACAUUGGGAUCAACACGGGAAAGUACUUUUACGAAUUGGAGAAAAUAUCCUCAUAUAAGGAUGCCAAGCUACAGAAGGUUAAAGAGACCCUCUACAAGAAGCAAUAUUUUGAAGGCACUAUGGCGGUGGAACCAUAUCGUGGGAUGAAGAUCUACAACUGCAGGAAGUUAGUCAAGCAGUACAUAGUAAAGAAUAAUGAGGGCUUUCUGUACAGCGAACCGGAGGUUCUAGUCAUCGAUAGGAACAACGUCAAGUGCAUCGCUGCUUUGUGCAACCAAUGGUACAUAAACUACGGCAAUUUAGAUUUUAAAAAGGACGUCCUAAUUCAGAUGAGGAAGAACAACUUCCAGACGUACAACGAGGUUCUUCACAGGCAGCUGCAGCACGUCAUUUUCUGGCUUGACGACUGGUCCUGCAGCAGGGCCUAUGGGAUGGGCACACUGAUGCCCCAUUUCAAUGCGAUGCAGCAGGGGGGAAGCAGCAAAGGAACUACGAAGCAGAAUGUCGACACCCCUUCCCAACCUGACGCCGACGCCGAGAAGGAGCUUAUCGAAAGCCUCUCAGACUCGACCAUCUACAUGGCGUACUACACGAUCAGUCACUUCCUGCAGGGCAACGUGGACGGGAGUGCGCGCGGUCUCCUCGACAUCGACGCGGCGGACCUUAACGAUGCCUUCUUCGACUACGUCUUCGACAUCAGUGAUGACACGGAAAAAAUCAGCAAAAAUAUCAGUGCGGAUAAGCUACAAAGGAUGAGAAGGGAAUUCCAGUACUGGUACCCAUUCGAUGUCAGAAUAUCAGGAAAAGACUUAAUAUUUAACCAUUUGACAAUGGCUCUAUUUAACCACGUAGCUAUUUGGGGAAAAAAAACCUACAGCAACAAGCAGAAGGAGACGAAUGAUGAGAAGAGCAUCCUAGAGAGACAAGGAGAAAUACUGAGCGAAAUUGAUCAGCUUGAUCUGGAGGCACACGAAACGGUGAAAUAUUUUCCCAAAUCAUUUUUCUGUAACGGACAUGUGUUGGUAAAUAAAGAAAAAAUGUCAAAAAGUAAAGGCAAUUUUAUUACCCUACAGCAGAGUAUAAAUCUGUACACAAGUGACGGGACGAGGAUUGCACUGGCAGAUGCGGGGGAUUCCAUCGAGGACGCAAAUUUCAAUACAGAUACAGCUAACAGUGCCAUCAUGAAGCUGUACAAUUUGAUUAACUUCUCCAUCGAAACGAAGAAUAACGUAUACAUCUUUCGAUGUGGCGAGAAAACAUUUAUCGAUUCGAUAUUCGAAAAUGAAAUUAACUAUCUCACCAAUAAAUGCAAAGAGUCGUAUGAGAAGCUGCUUUUCAGGGAUGUCCUCAAGUAUGGCUUCUACGACAUGCUGCUCAAAAGGGACACUUACCGAAUUAUGUGUGACAAAAUUCAUAUGCACAAAGAGACGGUCAAUUUUUUUAUAGAAAGAAUCUGCUUAAUUAUCAAUCCCCUGAUUCCCCAUGUCACGGAGCAUAUUUGGACAUACAUCUUAAAGAAGGAAGAUUUUCUAGUCAACCAAAAGUGGCCGUCCUCCGACAACAUCAGCUACUCAAUCGUCAUGCACAAGCAGUACAAUAACCUCCUCAAUGUUGUUGAGAUUUUUAGGAAGUCCUACGAUAAGGUCAUCAACAAGAAUAACAAGCAGAAGGCGACCAAAGGUAGUGGAAGUGGUAGCGGAGGCGGUAAUGGAAGCGGGGCGAAGCGCGCGCCAGACGAGGGAGGGGCAGCCAACCGGGGAGGACCAUCUGACGAACAGAAGGAAGAAGCGUACAAGGAGGAGGACGACGAGGGAACGAAAUUUAAAGCCAUCGUCUACGUUGCGAGGGAGUAUAACGAUACGCAAAAAAAAAUCAUCGAAAUACUUAACCGAAUUAUUAACAACAGUGAGGAUAAGAAGCUACCCACUAACUAUAUCAACCUGCUGGUACAAAACGACUAUGUGAAUAAGUUGCCAAAAAAUGAGAAGAAGGAAAUCCUAAGCUUCGCCACCUUCCUAGUCAAGGACAACGUCACACUCAACAACAACCAGUACGAGCUAAGCCUCCCCUAUGACGAAAUACAACUCAUAAAGAAUAACGUCGAAUUUAUUCGGAGGAGCCUAAACCUUGGCGACAUUCACAUCAUGGAAAAUACCAAUAAAUCCCCGAUUGACGAUACAGACAUUUAUAAGUUAGCCAACCCGGGAAACCCGUCCAUUUUUAUGUACACCACGGAGUCCUGA